UCGUUUCAGGCACGCGCGCGGCCCGUGAGUUUUACCGCAAUGCAUCAGUCCGCCCAUCGACGCGAGCGUCACCGAGAAGUGCAGCGCUCGCCGAACACAUGAACGAUCAUUUUCAUCACUCUAUUACGGAACAUUAUAAAGACAUGUUGUAAAGGCAAGUUUAAGAACUCUAUGCAUGAUUCUAAUGACGAUACGUCACGCACUGUCUUCGAUGUUAGUAAAUGUAACGUGUCACGCGCGUAAAACGAAAUCAGGAUGAAACAAAUGAUGGUGCGUUAGCAGAGCUUGAAUGAUAUAGACGCUGUUCUCAGGUCAGAUGAACACUUGUUUGUUAGACUAGCCAGGCUGUGUUUUAAUCGUGCUGUUGUCAUAACUGAUGUAAGAGAAAAGCUAGAAGGCUGUGAGCGGUGCGAUAACAGCGUUGCGCGUUGAGCCGAAGAGUGUGUGUGUGUGUUGACGCUUUUGCACACUUCACGUCUUUAUCAUGCAAAUGAAGGCCCAGUGCUAGUUAGACGCUACUAGUUUAGUUUGCCUCGAAUCUGAGCCGGGACACGCGUGCGCGUGCACGGACCCCUCCGAGGCCGUCUCAUGGUCAGGAUAUGAAGAUACGUCACUGUGGGAUCUAGAAUCCGUCGCUCCAUCAUGAACGUGUUUAUCAGACGGCUGCUGUCUCUCUGCGUGUUCUGCGCGCUGUCAGUGUCUCUGUGCAGCGGCGCGUGUGCAGAGGUGGACUCGGACACGGAGGCCGUGGCGGGUCAUGGCUUCCAGCUCGGGUGUCUUUCCUGCAAGGUGCGAUUAGAGGUGCCGGCCACAGCCACGGUGGACUGGCUCUUCAGGGCUCCAGGGUGGAAAGAUUUUGUGCACAUUUACACUUAUGACGGCGAGUCUCCUAACAUCAUCCAUGAGCAGUUCCAGGAUCGAAUACAGUGGCACGGCAGCAAGAAAACCUUUGACUUGCAGGACGCGACCAUCAACCUUCUUAAUGUGACUUUCAAUGACUCGGGCACUUACGUCUGCAUCUUCAACCGAAUUCUCAAAUACGAACAUUAUGAAUUCCCCACCAUCGUCAAAAAAAAUUUUACUCUGACUGUGGUGCCUACAGCCAGGCGUGGGACGGCGUCUAUCGUGUCAGAGGUCAUGAUGUACGUGUCUAUCAUUGGGCUUCAGUUCUGGCUGCUGGUGGAGAUGAUCUACUGCUACAGGAAGAUCGCUGCUGCCGGAGAGGAAGCGCUGAGAGCCAGCGCAGCGGAGUAUUUAGCCAUCACAUCAGAGAGUAAAGAUAACUGUGCUGGUGUGCAGGUAGCAGAAUAACACCGGUUUCUUCCCAAGAAGCUCCUUCCAAAAAUCUUCUUCUGGACUGUGUUACUUCUUCCUGUGACCCUCAACCUCUUUUGUAACCUUUUCUUACCUGAGUCCAUCAAAUCUUCUGUGUCGCAUGAGUUUGAUGCUAUGCAUGGUGACGGACCCUUUCAAUUUCACUCGCACAUCGACACAGCAGAGCCUAGAAAGAGAAACACACACAAGCUUGGUUUACUGCAAUACUCCACCGCGAGAGACAGGAAAUCGCAAUACUUGGAUUUUGCACUAGAGACCAGUACAGAGACACGAGUUCUCUGCUGAUGUCGUGACGUACGGAUCCCAUAUAGAACCAUAAUUACUUUAAGCUGCUCUGAAAGCCAAUCGCUGUGCAAUGCUGUAGUUGCAUGAGCUAACGUCAAUGCUUUCCAUACGUUUAUAGGCUUGGCAAUAUUUCAAGUGUUAACAUACUAAGGGUUUAGUGUAUGUAUUCCAAAAUGAUCCUUCAUGCUUUAAGCACUACAAAUGAACUGACGAAGGCGUUUCUAAUCCUCGCUGUAACCCUGUAGCUCAUGUCAUGAUGUAUAUACACACUCACACAUGAGAACACCACACUAAUUUCUGGAUGUAGCAAACAUUAUAUUAUAGGAAUGUAAAGAUGCUGCUCUGGUAGAGUUGAAUGUUUGACUUGAUAGUGAUAACCUCGUGCUGAAAUGCAUUGUGGGUAAGUUUAUCAAGACAUAUUGGAGCUGAUAUUUACUGCAUGCCCACUCUGCAGACGAUCAAUGCAGGUGUCCUGUAACGAAAGCAACUCUUUGUCUCCACCGGGAUGUUUGUGUUCACGCUCAGAUGAUUGAAUGUGAUGUUCAGUAUUAAAUGCAGAAAUGAACGCUGGGAAACAGCUGCGCUUCGGCUGCCGGGGAGAGAGAGAUAUUCAUGUGUAGAAUAAAAGGAAUCGAAAUGAA